CAAACGACAAGCACCUUUAUGAAACCACCUUAAAUUCUCCGAUUUUUAGUACAAUCCAGACAUUCAGGUUUUCUCCAAGAUCGUCUGAUGGCGACGUGUCAAAUGAGGAACCUUAGCUCACUGGAGCUUUUGCUGGUGAAACUCCAGCAAGCGCCGGAGGAGCAGCAAAACGGGGAUGCCCCGCCGGCGCUGCCGCCCCGGCCGGUGAAGAAUUCCCGGCUGCCACGUGCCCGGAAGAAUCUGCCCCUCAACCUCCGGAGUGGUUGCUGUGAUCAAGAAAUGGGAAAGAUUAGUGAUUUGUCUGCAAGCAGAGGAAUGGAGAAAAGGGAUUUUCUUGAUUCAGAUAAUCUAAAGAUUCAGAUUAGCAUAGAAGAAGAUGAGAAACAGAUUGCAGUGCUGAAAGGUGUAGAGAUAAUCCAGAGAUGUUACCAUGGCUACCAUGCCCGCCAUUACUAUAAUGAGCUCAAGAGAGGAGCUAUUGUACUUCAAUCAUUUGUACGAGGCGAAAACGCUAGAAAAGAUUAUCAGUGUCUCGUUACAAGGCUGAGAGCCAUUGUCAUUAUCCAGAAACACAUGAAGGAACAGCAGUCUAGAAGAUUAGAGCAGCUCGCCGCAGUCAUAUGUUUGCAAUCUGGAAUUCGCGGUUGGUUGACACGAAUAGAAUUCAAUAAGAAAAUAACAAGUCAGUUGAACUCGAGACAGAUGCUAAAUCCUGAAUUGAAGGAUGAGGACAUUAAGGUUUUGGCUUGUGCUAAUGAGGCUCAGAGGUCGGUUUUACUUGAUCUUCAAAGGAGAGUUGUGGUAACAGAGGCAGCUUUGGAGAGAACGAGAGACGAAAAUACCUCUCUCAAGGAAUAUAUUCUGCAAUUUGAUAAAAAAUCGCAGGAGUAUGAAGCGAAGAUGCAAUGUCUUGAGAAAUCGUGGCAAGAUCAGCUGAUUUCUAUACAGACAAGUCUAGCUACUGCAGCUAGUAGAAGUGAGGCUGUUGCAGAAAAUGGACUUCCAAGAACUGAACCCCCGAGCGAAAGGUUUAUCCCGUUUGAACUCUCUGGCGUGCGGUCUGAUGCAGGAUUGCUAGUGAACAACAGGCUCGAUUUCGAGAGUCCUCUCAGUCAGGAAAAUAAUGGUUCUGAAAACAUUACAUGGGUUAAAUCAUCAGGGCAUGAUGAGCCCUUGAAUUUAAGUCCAAACACUGAUCUGCAUAAGCUGAAGUUAAGGUUUAAAGCCUGGAAAAAGGACUACAAGACCAGAUUGCAGGUGGUAAAAGCCACGCUGAAGCAGCUAAGACAUUGUGAUAGAGGCAUGAGAACAAAAAUAUGGUGUAGGAGAUGAAGCUCCUUUGUAAGAUCUUAAACAAGUCAAUGUUAAAUUAUUUGGAAUUA